AUGGAAAGCUGGGAAGAGUCACAAGAAUCCAUUAAAGCUGAAAUGAGUCAGUUGAAAGACCAGGUUGGACAAAUCUUGGUUGCUCUUGAAUCCCUGAAGGCUACUGGAGAGUCUUCAUCUACGCUGGUUGGCGGGAAUGCCCAUUUUUAUCCCCCAUUUUUCAAUGCUACGAGCCAAUCAAUUCCUUUCCCGUUGUAUGGAUUACCCUCAGGAUAUACUCCUCCCGUAGGAGAAUAUAUCGAAGGGGGGCAUGUGUCGUUUCCCAUCUCCACAGCUAUUGAUAUCCCACCAAUCACCACUCAUGGACCUACCUCUGUGUCAGCUCCCUUGGUAAGUACUCAAACGAAUGAACCGAUCACAGUUGAAGGAACAAGAAUGACUACGAUACCGCAUAUGAUUGUUAACCACGAUUCUUCAGCAAGAGCCGCAUCACAAACCGCGGCGCGUGCAGGAAUCGACAUCAGUAACGGUGCUAAAAACAGACUGGAGAUUCUGGAGGAAAAAAUGAGGGUUAUUGAAGGGAUGAAAAACUAUGGGUUCGGAAAUGUUGUAAGACUAAGUUUGGUUCCUGGAGUAAAAAUACCGUAUAAGUUCAAGGCGCCCGAAUUCGAGAAGUACAAGGGUGAUACAUGCCCUAAGAACCAUCUGGCCAUGUAUUGCAGAAAAAUGGCUGCGUACGCAUAUGACAACCAGUUACUCAUCCAUGUUUUCCAAGACAGUUUGGUUGGGGUAGCAUUAAACUGGUAUACCCACUUGGAGCCCUCUCGGAUCCAUUGUUGGGCAGAUCUAGCCGACGCCUUUGUAAAACGGUAUAUAUACAACACGCAUGUAGCACUGGAUCGUCUGCAAUUACAGAAUAUGGGAAAGAAAGACAAUGAGACCUUCAAGGAAUAUGCCCAACGGUGGAGAGAAUUGGCCACACAAGUGGAGCCGCCUUUGUUUGAAAAAGAAAUGGUGGCAAUGUUCGUAAAUACGCUUCAGCCACCAUUUUAUGAAUAUAUGGUAGGGAAUGUGUCCGCCAAUUUCGCUGACGUCGUCAUAAUUGGUGAGAGGAUAGAGAUUGGGGUGAAGAGCGGGAAGAUUGCAAGUGGUCCAUCUACGAUGGAGAACUCUAAAAAGAAGCCUUCUUUCAAUCCAGGAAAGAAAAAAGAAGGAGACGUGCAUGCAACAUUGGCAAUGCCUGUAUGGAGAAGUCAGGCUCCUUCUCACAAUUAUAGACCAUACUUGGGUCAACCUCCAUAUUCGGCCAAUGCGGCUUUUGCUCAUCCAAUUAGGCCUCAACAACAACAAGGAUUCUACCAAUCACAACCCGUCAUAAGCAAUGCUUGGAGGACUGGGCCAAGUGCAAAUCCAAAUCCAAAUGCAGGUCAAGGCGGUUAUCCGGGAAGAACCCAGGAAAGAAACUUUGUCCACUUCACCCCCAUCCCCAUGACUUACACUGAAUUAUUACCUCACCUCGUCAAAAGGGGUCUGGUUGCUAUAUGUCCAAUGAUACCCCUACAGCCUCCGUACCCUAGGGGUUAUGAUGCAGAUGCCAAGUGUAGUUAUCACGGGGAAGGCGUGGGUCACUCCACUGAGAGGUGUAUGGCUUUCAAGCGUAAAGUGCAGGCCCUAAUUGAUGCGGGGUGGCUAAAAUUUCAAGAAGAUAAACCUAGCAUUGAUACUAAUCCGUUAUCCGGACAUGGUAAUGCCUCGACAAAUGCCAUUGAAGUUAAGAAGCAUGAACUGAUAAGGGAUGCAGGUAAGAUCCGAAGUUCCAGAAGGUUUAUUUUCAAGGAAUUAUUAAAGUUGGGAUUUUUAAACGGGACUUAUGAUUUGGAAAGAGCAUGUGGACUCCAUCCAUGCACGGAACACUCUAUCGAGGAAUGCGUUGAAUUUGAAAAGUUUCUACAAGAUCUGCUUGAUAGGAAUCUGAUGCAAGUGUGCUAUGAAGACAAGUAUGAGGAGGUGUUUGCACAAACUGGUAUGGAGCCAGAUGUAGCUUUGCCAGAGCCGUUGAUAAUCCGCUUCACUCGAACCACCCCUACACCAGUAAUUCAAGGAAGAUCACCCGUUGUCAUCCAUACACCAGUUCCUUUUCCUUACAAAAGCGAGAAAGCUGUCCCUUGGAGGUAUGGGACACAUGUAGUCGAGAAAGGACAGUGCAUUGAAAGCCAUUUCUCUAGCCAGGAUCCAGUUGUUGAAAAUAUAUCAGGCAUCGGCGGAAUGACGAGGAGUGGUCGAAUCUUCACGCCACCAAAUUUGACGGGAAGAGGAGGUAGUAAUAAUGAAACACCAAUGGACACAAAUACUAAGGAGCAUUUAAAGGGGAAAGGUGUGCAAGUAGAAGAGACCUCUGACAAGGCAGACAAGAAAGAUAUCUCUGAGGAAGAAGCCUGCGAAUUUUUAAAAUUCAUUCAACAGAGUGAAUAUAAGGUGGUGGAGCAGUUGAAACGCAUGCCUGCUCGGAUUUCCUUGUUAGAAUUGCUUAUGCAUUCUACCUCUCAUAGAAAGUUGUUGAUGAAGGUACUCAGUGAGGCUCAUGUCGAGCAUGGUAUUUCGUUGAACAAGUUUGAGGGUAUCGUUGGCAACAUCAUCGCUAAUAAUUACCUCACCUUUACUGACGAGGAGAUACCCACUGAGGGGAGAGGUCAUAACAAGGCUCUUCAUGUCUCCGUGAAAUGUUUAGAUCACGUUAUAGCGCGUGUCUUGGUGGAUAAUGGUUCCUCUCUCAAUGUCAUGCCAAAAUCAACGUUGGAGAAGCUACCCUGUGACGGAAUGCAUAUGAAACCAAGCUCUAUGAUUGUGAGGGCAUUUGACGGCAGUAAAAGGGUAGUGAUGGGAGAAAUUGAAUUGCCCGUUCAAGUUGGUCCUUGUGUCUUUCAAGUGACCUUUCAAGUUAUGGAUAUCCUCCCGGCUUAUAGUUGUUUGUUGGGUCGCCCGUGGAUCCAUUCCGCAGGAGUUGUGCCUUCCACACUACACCAAAAGCUGAAAUAUGUUAUGGGAGAUAAGCUGGUGAUAAUAUCAGGAGAGGAGGACCUCCUUGUGAGCGGACCAUCGUCCACGCGAUAUAUUGAGGCAGCCGAGGAAGCUCUGGAAACAACUUUUCAAUCAUUAGAAAUUGUGGGAAACACCUAUGUUGAGCCGUUUCCUAUGAACCCCCAUUUAUCAUGCACCUCUAUCAUGGCAGCCAAGGUCAUGCUGAAAGAAGGUUAUAAGUACGGGAAUGGUUUAGGCAAGUAUGGACAAGGACGUACAUUCCCAUUGGAGAUGAUUGGGAACAAAAACAGAUAUGGCCUGGGGUAUAGACCCAACAAGGAAGAUGACAAGAGGUUGAUUGAGGAAAGGAAGGAACGCAUUCUGGCUCGAAUGGGGAAAUGGGAACCAAGGGCAAAGAAAAUCCACAUUUGUGGUAUCAAAGAGAGUUUUCGCAGUGCUGGAUGGGUGAACACUAGUCAUAUAGCGGUGGUGGAAAAGGAAGCAAGAUCUGAAAGCUCAAACUUCGUGUGGUGGGAGCACCCUGUCAUUAAUGCGGAAGAUGAUCCGGAAGAUGAUCCGGAAGAUGACCCGGAACCCUCUUCAGAGCUCUUGAGAUUAGUGGAACAAGAGUCCAAAGAGAUAAAACCCCAUCAGGAGGAUGUUGAAGUACUCAACUUGGGAGAGGAAGGAGAGAUAAAGGAAGUAAAAAUCGGCACUACUAUGAAAGAGGAAGUGAAGGUAAAGCUGCAAGCCCUACUGAAGGAGUUUAAGGAUGUGUUCGCUUGGUCUUACAAUGACAUGCCAGGAUUGGAUACCGAUAUUGUGCAACACAAGCUCCCACUUAAGCAGGAAUGCCUUCCAGUCAAGCAAAGACUAAGAAGAAUGAAACCAGAAAUGUCAUUGAAAAUUAAGGAAGAGGUACAGAAGCAAUUCGACGCAGGAUUUCUGGCUGUGGCUAAAUACCCACAAUGGGUGGCAAAUAUUGUACCAGUGCCUAAGAAAGAUGGGAAGGUUCGAAUGUGUGUCGACUAUCGUGAUUUGAAUCGUGCAAGUCCGAAGGAUAACUUCCCAUUACCACACAUCGACACGUUAGUUGACAAUACAGCCAAGUACUCGCUAUUUUCGUUCAUGGAUGGUUUCUCGGGGUAUAAUCAAAUUAAGAUGGCGCCUGAGGACAUGGAAAAGACGACCUUCAUCACGUUGUGGGGGACCUUUUGUUAUAAGGUAAUGUCUUUCGGGCUCAAGAAUGCCGGGGCAACAUAUCAAAGGGCGAUGGUGACACUUUUUCAUGAUAUGAUGCACAAGGAGAUCGAGGUUUAUGUGGAUGACAUGAUUGCAAAGUCUGAAUCGGAAGAAGAACAUGUCCUCAACUUGAAGAAAUUAUUUGAGAGAUUGAGAAAGUAUAAACUCAGGUUAAACCCUGCCAAAUGCACAUUUGGAGUGAAGUCUGGGAAGUUGUUGGGCUUCGUGGUUAGCCAAAAAGGGAUAAAAGUGGAUCCUGACAAAGUGCGUGCGAUAUCAGAAAUGCCUGCACCUAGCACGGAGGAGGUUCGCGGUUUUCUGGGUAGAUUGAACUACAUCGCUAGAUUCAUCUCCCAAUUAACCGCUACCUGUGAACCAAUGUUCAAGUUGCUACGAAAGAAUCAGGUUAUGGUUUGGAACGAGGAUUGUCAAGCUGCUUUUGAAAAAAUCAAACAAUACUUGCAAGACCCACCUGUAUUACGUCCACCCGAGCCAGGAAGACCACUCAUUUUGUACUUAACUGUAUUGGAAAGGUCAAUGGGUUGUAUAUUGGGUCAACAUGAUGAAGCUGGAAAAAGAGAGCAUGCAAUAUAUUACUUGAGCAAGAAAUUCACAGACUGCGAACAACGAUAUUCAACGUUAGAGCGAACUUGUUGUGCAUUGGCAUGGGCCGCUCAUCGCCUAAGGCAAUACAUGUUGAGUCACUCUACAUUGUUGAUAUCCAAGAUGGAUCCUAUCAAGUUUAUUUUUGAAAAGCCCGCUCUCACUGGAAGGAUAGCUCGGUGGCAGGUGCUAUUGUCAGAAUAUGACAUCGUAUAUGUUACUCAAAAAUCCAUCAAGGGCAGUGCUCUAGCAGAAUACUUAGCUCAUCAACCCAUUAACGAUUAUCAGCCAAUGCAACCUGAAUUUCCCGAUGAGGGUAUCAUGACUCUAUUCGAAGAAGGCGGGAAAUACCGAGACGAAGAAACAUGGAUAUUACUAUUUGAUGGAGCGUCGAAUAUGAUGGGGCAUGGCAUAGGGGCAGUAUUAAUCUCUCCAGAGCAGCAGUAUAUGCCCAUGACAUCAAGGCUGUGUUUUGAUUGCACGAAUAACAUUGCAGAAUAUGAGGCCUGCGCUAUGGGUAUUCGGGCGGCAAUAGAGUUCAAAGUGAAAAUUCUGGAAGUAUAUGGAGAUUCAGCUUUAGUCAUCAACCAGUUGAAGGGAGAGUAG